UCAUGACUCACGGCCACAGGUUCCUAUCCUAUUAAUGAGUGAAACAACAGCAAAGUGGCAACUGGGUUCCUGACGUCAGUUAUUCCACGCUGGCUAUCGAAAUCCGAAAUCGGGAGCAUAUUGCGACUAUUAUGAGCAGAAAGUUCCUGUUAGGAAAUCUGGAGUGAAAAUGUUCGAUGUUAUGGCUAACUAGUAAAUACGUAUGUUAAGGUUGUGUCACAAAAGUGUUUUCGUUAGUGCAUUGGAAUAUGAGUUUCUACGACAUUUUGGGUAGCGAUGGGGAGCUGGAUUCAAAGUUAGACAUGGAUAACAUCGAUAUGUCCAUCGAUUAUAGUACGCCAGAGGAGUUAUUGUCAUCCGAAUUUUUUACCUCCUGCCAAUCGUUUGGAGAUCCUGUCUCUGCAGAACAAGGGAAAUGUCAAGAUGUAAUAAAUUUCGAGGACGAUAUAAAGUUCCUUAGUGAAAAUAGCUCCAGUCCAGAGGUAAUUUAUUCUCCAAGAAGUAUAGCUUCAGAAAGUGAAAAAAGCAGCAUUAUUGAGUCAGCAGAUGAAAGUGUUUCUUCUAUCGCAAAUCACCCUAUUGAAGAAACGGACGAAUCGCUAAUAAUGUCUUUCUUGGACCAAAAUGGAAGCAUCAAAAUUAUAAAUACUCCUAAUAAACCUACAAACCCAGUCAUAAAGCGAAAUAAAUUGACGAAAAUUGUGGUACAAACUCCUAAUAACAACAGAAAGAUUCUAGUUACAAAGCCUAUGCAUCCUAAUCAGAUGAAAACUACAAAUGUGAAAUCUAACAAAAAGAUACUCAAAGUACAUAAUAUCACCUCUAAUGGCCGUUCUGUACUCCUUCCCCUCCAUAUGAACUCUUUCAAAAUUCUGAAUGCCAGUGACUUGAAAACCGAAAACUUUAAAGUCACUUCUUCAACUGGCGAUAACACAUUUACACAAUGCAGAAUUAAACCACUCUCUCCUGAGUCUGAAGAUGAAGUUGAUAUAGUUUCAUCUACUGAAAGCCAACAUCCAGCACUGAAUCUUACAAAUGAAGAAAAAAGGCUUCUUUCUAAAGAAGGAAUCAAACUUCCAUCUCAUUAUCCACUAACUAAGAAUGAAGAGAGAGAAUUGAAGAGAAUAAGAAGAAAGAUUAGGAACAAAAUUUCUGCACAAGAUUCACGAAAACGUAAAAAGGAAUAUGUGGAUGGAUUAGAAGAAAGAGUCAAAAGGAGUUCUGAAGAGAAAAAAUUCCUGUUACACCGAAUAAAACAGCUUCAAAGACAAAACAACAAAUUAAUGUCUCACUUCUCCAAGCUGCAGGAGCUCCUUUUUAAAUCAUCAACAUCAAAGGCUACUCCAAGUACAUGUGUUAUGGUUGUUCUUCUGUCUGCCCUUUUGGUUUCUUUACCAAACAUUCGUUUGCCUCAAAAGGAAAUGAGUGAAGCUGAACAAGGUGCUCGGAGGGCCUUAUUGUCUAGUCAGAUAGACGAAGAUCUACACUUGGAUGAAUUUUUGAUUUUCAAGGAUGAUAUAGAAUUACCAUCUGAAAUGAUGGAAUCGGAAAAUAUUACUGAGAAGGAGUUGUCUACUUUGCUGAAUAGUGCAGAGAAAGGUUGGAAUGAGAAGAAGAGUAUUUUCAGUCAAGUUAUUGAGAAUGUAAGCAGGUGGCUUGGCAAGGAAAAAAAUUUGCCAUCAAAACCCAUUUUCGCUGAGCCAGACAUCGAUGAAGGGCCUCCACCGAAAAGAAUGCGUUUAGAUCUCAAUUUAGAUAGGUUUUCUUCUGUUGAUUUUGAAAAUACUCCUUUGGAUCCAAAGUUAGACAUGGUUGCAACGAUGUUCACGAUACAAGAUACCAAGAAAAAAUGAAUUUUUCUGAAAAAGUGCAAGUUUCAUGGAUUCUCCAAAAGAACUCUGAAACAGGAAUUUUUUCCAAACAAACCCUUUUAAGAACAUUAUAUUUCACAGAGUUUCAUUGAUAGUACAAUGUAAAUAAAUGAGAACUGUUUGUAGUGAGUUUAUUUGCAUGAUGUGAAGAAAAUUAUUUCCAAAUUAGAAUGUGUUACAUUCAAUUAGAGAAUUUUUACUAUUAUUAUAUUUUCAUAGUUUAUCGUUGAUUGCUUAGUAUGUUUAACUAUACUGUUCAUAAUAAUUUCUAUAUUUUAUUAUUGUUUUUGAGUGAUUUUAUGUUUGCAUUCCAAUUUUUAUCAUACGAUGAAUCAUUCAAAGUUGUCCUCUAUUUAUUAAGACUAUAUAUGUCGGGAAAAAAUUUACAUAUAAUUGCAAUGUUUUCAGUAGUUCUGUAAAGAAUUGAUGUACGAUGUAAUGAUUUGAGUUCUUCCCAUUCCCCAAUAAGCUCGAAAUUGUAGGCUCUUUUAAGGUUUGUGGAGAAUAACCAAUAAAGAAAUAAUAUAAA